AUGUCAGAAAUCACACUCGGUCGUUUUUUGUUCGAAAGACUUAAACAAGUUGACGUGAACACCAUUUUUGGGUUGCCAGGUGACUUUAACUUGCGGUUGCUAGAUGAAAUCUAUGAAGUGCCAGGUAUGAGAUGGGCCGGCAAUGCGAACGAGUUGAACGCGGCCUAUGCGGCUGACGGAUACGCCAGAAUCAAAGGCAUGGCUGCGUUAGUGACAACUUUUGGUGUCGGUGAACUGUCCGCUCUGAACGGUAUUGCUGGGUCCUACGCCGAACACGUGGGUGUUUUGCAUAUCGUGGGUGUCCCAUCAACGUCUUCUCAGGCGAAACAGCUGCUCCUACAUCAUACUCUGGGCAACGGUGAUUUCACCGUAUUCCACAGGAUGUCUGCCAACAUUUCCGAAGCCACCGCGGUUUUGACCGAUAUCACAAGUGCUCCUGCUGAAAUCGAUCGUCUAAUCAGAAUCACCUAUAUCAAGCAAAGACCCGUGUACUUGGGUUUACCGGCCAAUCUGGUCGAUAAACCUGUUAAGGCGUCUUUGUUGGAUAAGCCUAUCGAUCUUUCCUUGAAACCUAACGACCCCGAGGCGGAACAAGAAGUCGUUGACACUGUUUUGGAUUUGAUCAAAGAGGCCAAAAAUCCGGUUAUCUUGGCCGAUGCUUGUACCUCUAGACACAGUGUCAAAGCAGAAACCAAAAAAUUAAUCGAUUUGACCCAAUUCCCAUCUUUUGUCACCCCCAUGGGGAAAGGGUCAAUUGACGAACAACAUCCCAGAUUUGGUGGUGUUUACGUCGGAACGCUUUCGAGUCCCGAAGUCAAGGCCUCUGUCGAAUCUGCUGAUCUGAUUUUGUCCGUUGGCGCACUUUUGUCAGAUUUCAACACAGGUUCGUUCUCGUAUUCUUACAAGACAAAGAACGUUAUCGAAUUCCAUUCCGACUACAUCAAGGUCAGAAACGCUACUUUCCCAGGCGUUCAAAUGAAAUUUGUAUUGCAGAAGCUUUUGCAGAAGGUUCAAGAUGCUGCAAAAUCUUAUAAACCUGUUCCUGUCCCCAAACGUCCUGCUUCUCUUGCAUCUUCGGGUCCGAGCACCCCAUUAAAGCAACAAUGGUUGUGGUCCGAGUUGGGCAAAUUCUUGCAGGAAGGUGACGUGGUCAUCACUGAAACUGGAACAGCUGCGUUUGGAAUUAAUCAAACCCAUUUCCCCAGUGACACUUAUGGUAUCUCCCAAGUCUUGUGGGGGUCAAUUGGAUUUACCACUGGCACGACUCUUGGUGCCGCUUUUGCUGCAGAAGAACUUGACAAAAACAAAAGAGUAAUUUUGUUCAUUGGAGAUGGUUCUUUGCAAUUGACAGUCCAAGAGAUCUCUACCAUGAUCAGAUGGGGGUUGAAACCUUACCUAUUUGUCUUGAACAACAAAGGUUACACCAUCGAAAAAUUGAUUCACGGUGAGAAGGCUCAGUACAAUGAAAUUCAAGACUGGAAACAUUUAGAUUUACUGGCUACUUUUGGUGCGAAGGAUUACGAAACUCACAGCGUUUCUACUGACGGAGAAUGGCAGAAACUAACUGAAAGUGCUGCAUUCAAAAAGAAUAGCACAAUAAGACUGAUCGAGAUACAUUUGCCUGUCAUGGACGCCCCUGAGUCCUUGAUCAAACAAGCACAACUCACUGCUGCUACCAAUGCUAAACAGGAGUGA